CAUGGUUGAGGAAUCGGCAGUAGCUCUCAGCACAAUGCAGCACGCCAGUAGGCUAGGGUCGGUCGUCAGUUAGCUCAUUUGCGAAUUCACUCUCAACCAAGCACCAUCAAGCUACUUCUUCCGCUACCAGACAUGUCUGCUGCUCCGAGAACUUUCAACGGUUACGCUGCCUUCGAUAAGACCGGCGAGUGCAAGCCCUGGCAGUUCGAGCCGCGCCCACUCGGUGCCGAGGACGUCGAGAUCAAGGUCACUCACUGCGGUAUCUGCGGCUCCGACGUACAUACCGUUGACAGCGGAUGGGGCCCCACGCCGUACCCGUGCGUCGCUGGACACGAGAUUGUUGGCAACGUCGUUCCAGUCGGUCUGAGUGUCAAGAGCCUCGCCGUUGGUGACCGCGUCGGUGUUGGUGCGCAGGCAUGGGCGUGUCUAAACCGCGAUCCGAAUGAUCACUGCCGCGACUGCGCUGACGGCGAGGACGCCGUGUGCGAUCAGGGCGUUUUCACUAUCAACGCCGCCUACAAGGACGGCUCCCGUCAACAGGGCGGCUUCGCGGACUUCAUCCGCGUGGACAACAACUACGCCUUCAAGAUUCCAGACGCUCUGCCGUCGGACGCCGCCGCUCCGCUCAUGUGCGCUGGUGCGACGGUGUUCACGCCGCUGAAGCAAGAGGGCGUUAAGGCGGGUGACCGCGUGGGUGUGAUCGGCAUCGGUGGUCUAGGCCACAUCGCCAUCCAGUUCAUCCGUGCACUGGGUGCCGUCCCCGUCGCCUUCUCUCGUUCGUCGAAGAAGGAGAAGGAGAUCCGUUCUCUAGGAGCCGAAGAGUUUUACGACUUGAGCAACCUGGAGCACCAGAAGAAAGCUGCUGGGAGCGUCGACUUCCUCCUGCUUACCGCUGAUGCCAAGGACAUGCCGUACGAUCUGUACCUGAGCCUGGUUCGCAAGCGCGGCACGUUCAUCAUGGUGGGUCUUCCUCCUGAUCAGGUCAAGAUCACGCCGUGGUUCCUGGUUCCUCGUGCUACCCGUGUACGAGGCAGCGCUAUCGGCAGCAUCCAGGACAUCAAGGACAUGCUUAACGUGGCGGCGAAGAACAACGUGCGGCCGAUCAUCGAGAAGAUGCCGAUGAGCGAGGUGAACAAGGGGCUGGACAAGGUUCGUGACGGCAGCGUCCGCUACCGCGUCGUGCUCGAGAACUAGGCAGGCAUCUACUGGUCGGGAUCUACAGAAAAUAAAGACACUGAUCAUUGAAU